AUGAGUGAAAAACGGCGUAAAUUAAGUGGUGCUGCAUACAAGAAAAAGGAACAUGAAAAGCAGGAAAAACAGAAUAAAGUUUUGUUAAACGUGCCUAAGCUUGAGACUUUUUUUAAUAAAACUGAAAAAGAGAAACUCUGCCAUACAGAACUUACAGAAGAGACUGAAGUUGAAGAAAAACAAAUUUCGGUAGCUGAUGACGUUGACAAAAAUGCGACAACAAAUUUACCCGACGAUCACGUUGAAGAUGACCUGAGUUCACAAGAUUUUCAACAUGAUGCGCAAACAAUCAAAAACGCAAGUGUAGAUACAGAUAAUCCUCAGAAAGAUUCUGAUCCUGCCUAUUUACUUGACACCGAUCCAGCUAACUGGAUUAUUGAUGAAACCUUGCGUAAUUAUGUGGCUAAAUAUGGAUACAGUCAAAAUCAAAAUGCCGAUUUUUCCCAAACUAAGCGCAUUUAUAGUAACGGAGCAACAAGGUAUUUAUCUCCUGCCUUGUUUGUCAGGACUCUACCUAAUAAGGAGAAAAAACCUCGUGCUUGGCUUAUUUAUUCUCCAGUUAAGCAAACACUUUUCUGUGCUCCCUGUUUACUUUUUGGCAACACGACCUCUUUUUCAAAUGCUGAAGGGUUUAAUGAUUGCAAACAUUCAUUUGAAAGAGUUACUGAUCACGAAAAUUCCAAUAAACAUAAAGAAUGUGAAAGACUUUUAAGAGCACGAUCAAGGAACCAAGGUCGGAUUGACCAGAAAUUAUCUGCUGCAAUUGACGAAGAAGUUAAUUAUUGGAAAAAUGUUUUGCGAAGAGUUGUGUCGUGUGUAAAAUCAUUAGCGUCGCGAGGACUUUCUUUCAGAGGACAUGAUGAAAAAUUUGGAUCCACGCACAAUGGAAAUUUUAUGAUGCUCCUGGAAUUAUUAGCAGAAUUUGAUCCAUUUUUAGCAAAUCAUAUAAAUAGAUUCGGUAAUAAAGGUAGCGGUAGUACAAGCUAUCUGUCAAAAACUAUUUAUGAAGAGCUUAUUCAAUUAAUGGCGAAAAAAGUUUCAACUGCAAUUGUCAAGGAAACAAAGGAAGCAAAAUAUUAUUCCAACAUUGUAGAUUCCACCCCAGAUAUUUCCCAUGUCGAUCAACUUACAUUUAUCGUACGAUACGUGAAAAACGAUGGUUCUGCCGUAGAACGUUUUUUAACUUUCAUCGAAAAUCCGGGACACAAAGCCGAGGAGCUCGCAACUGCAGUUUUUACCAGGCUUUCAGCUUACGAUAUUGACAUAGCUGAUUGUAGUCUUAUGAUAACGCAAGAAACAUGUCAGGCAUUUACACAGGACUACAAGCAAGAAUUAAGGAAUUUAGAUUUAGAGGAUUCGUUGGAAGAUGAAAUGCUUCAUUUUCAAGCACACUGCGCCGAGAAGAAUCUUGGUAACAUAUCACCUAUUGAUUUGAUGAAAUUUCUUCGUAAAAAUGAACUUGAUUCCGUGUUUCCAAACGUAGAUAUUGCAUACCGGAUGUUUGUAUGCACGCCAACCAGUAAUUGCAGCGCUGAGAGGUCUUUUUCAACUUUAAAAAGGGUGAAGAACUAUCUGAGAUCCACAAUGACUGAAGACAGACUAAAUUCACUUGCUGUGUUGACGAUCGAGUCUGAAGUUUUAUUAUCAUUAGAUUUCGAUGAUAUCAUUGAACAAUUCGCCUUCCAAAAAGCAAGACGCAAGACAUUUUAG